AUGAAUUUGGAGUGGAUAAAAUGGAUAUUUCUUUUCUUAGGCGCGUAUUCGUACGCUUCGGAGUAUCACAAUGAAUUCGGACCAGACUACGGUACUAAAUGGCUCUUGUUCGUGGACGACAAUGGUGAAACUCACGAAAUGAACUUCUCGGUCCUCCCCCUGGACACGAGAAGCUUAUUACUUGGAGAUGUUUAUUUUUAUUUAUACACCAGACAAAAUAUGGAAAAUAGGGAACUCUUGAGUUUGCCUGAAGAUGGUUCACCCAUUCAAAGCAAAUAUUUCAAUGAAUCAAAUGAUAUACGAGUCGUAACGCACGGAUGGAUGUCUAAAGAAACCACAGAGUGGUUGCAGUCUAUAAAAAAUAGGUUCAUACAAACUGCCGAUAUAAACGUAAUUACAGUUGAUUGGCAUGAAAUAUCACAAAACCCUUUUUAUCCAUGGGCAGCAUUAUGCACAAGAUAUGUCGGCAAACGGACAUCUAAAUUACUGGGAACUCUAUCAGACACAUUCAAUUUAAACAACAGUCACAUUCAUCUUAUCGGACAUAGUCUUGGAGCACAUGUAAUGGGUUAUGUUGGCAAUUUCUCUAAACAAAGAAUUCAGAGAAUAACAGCGAGGCCCAUGUUCGAACUACCGAUGAUGGCCGAAAACCAUCGUUUAGAGAAGAGUGACGCACAGUUUGUCGAUAUCAUUCAUACUUGCGCUGGUGUAUAUGGGUAUAAAUUUAGUCAUGGACACGCUGAUUUUUAUCCCAACAAUGGGAAACCAUGUCAACCAGGCUGUGGCGGCGGUCAAAAUAUUAUAGAGGGGUGCAGCCACGGGCGAUCUCAUCAGUUUUUUCUAGAGUCCAUAAACUCUGAUAUCCCCUUUUUGGCCUACCCUUGUGAAAGUUGGGACGAUUUCGCACAAGGAAAAUGUAAAUCGAAUGCUACACCGAUGGGAUACCUUGCUAGUCCAACAAAUUGGGGUGAAUUUUAUUUACACACUAAGAACGAGUCAACAUUCGCUACAGGUGAAUAA